AUGAUUAUAGAACCCAACGUUCAGGUGUACUUAGUAAAGGUUCACGAAUCAAAUGAGAUGUACGACUCCUGGCUUUGCGGAGGAGCUCUGGUCACUACAACCCAAAUACUGACUUCAGCCGCCUGCAUCAUAGAUUUAGACAACAUAUACGCCGUAGCUGGUUAUAGAAAGUAUGUUAGCGGUAUGGAUUUGGAUAAAGAUAAAUGUACUAGGAUAAAGAAACAGAAGGUUGUUAAGAUUCGAGUACCACGGGAACAUUUAUCACACGUACACGAAUACAAGAACACAACACAAUGGAUGACUUUAGACAUUGGAGUGGCGACUGUAGAAGAACCGUAUAACUUCGAGGAUAUGUCAUUCCGUGUCUAUUGUUCAUACGCACCGGCCGCAAUUGAAAUAAAUUACAAUUUAAACGUUGACACUAAAAUAGGUAGUAGCGUUGUUGCUUUGGGAUGGGGACGUGAUCGAGGAAGUAAGACCCGAGAUCUAGUUGAUCGGAACUCUGAAACCCUUCGAGAAGUGUCCACAACACUCAGAGACAAGCAAGAAUGCAUAGAGCAAUUUAAAGGCAAUGGAUUAACGGAAAAGAUUGAGAAAUAUAUGAUUUGUACUAACGGUAAAGGAGCGCUUGAUGCUGAAGGGUACAUUAUUGAGAAUGCGGACGAAAAGGCUUAUAAUAAAUGCUUGAACAUGCGACGGCAAGGUCAGGUCUCCGAUGAUUUUAAUUUUGAUGAGGAGUGUAAUGACUUUGAUAGCAUUAAUUUUGCAAAUACACGAAAAUCUAACUCGGAUAAUGUAACAUUAAAUGACACACGUAGAAUUAAGGGCAUUAACGAUAAAAAGGGAAAAUCACAACAAUCUAGAAGACAAGGAAUUUGUCAGAACGAUCACGGCGGACCACUCAUCACAUGGGUUGGCACGACAGAACUUCUGAUAGGAGUAGCAGUGAACAGUCUAUACGAUUCUGACUACAACUGUAUUGGUCCAUACUUAUUUAUCAGCACAGCGGCUGCUGGUGACAUUAUAAAGUGUCUACUCACAGAUAGUAAUGAAGGUUCCGCGCGUAAGAAUUGUCCAGCAGAGAUAUUAGACGACUUCGAUAUAUUAGAACAGUCGGUUGACUCCGAUCUGCCGCCAAGACUAUGGUCUCCCAUAGAAGAGCCACCUACGACGGAGACUACUACAAAAAAUAAUCCCUCACCCAGAACAAAUGACCCUGAUGUUAAUGCUGAUGAUGACUUGCCUGAUAUGGAAGAUGAUAAGCGAAUGGCAAUGUUUGAAACAAGUUCAGUUCGUAAUACAUCGCCGUCGACGCCUGACGUUAUGACGAUCAUAAUACACAAAACUGAUGUCAGUCCGCCGGCUCGCGCGACGCUCAUCCUCGCAGACUUACUCGGUCUUAAAAUCGAAACUCGGGAAGUGAACUUACCCACACGACAACAAUUCAACCCAGAGUACUUAGAGAAGAAUCCACUACACACAGUUCCAUUAUUAGAAGAUGACGGUCUAGUUCUUCAAGACAGCCAUGCGAUCAUGAUAUACCUAGUGUCGAAAUAUGAUAUAGAACACGAGAGUUUGUACCCUAAAGAUUUGGCAGCAAGGGCGAUAGUCAAUCAACGCUUGUUUUUUGACGCGUCCAUACUAUUUCCAAGGUUGAAGACUGUUAUUUAUAGUACUGUGAAGUAUGGAAAACCAAUGACGGAGGCACAGGAGACAGAUAUUAAGGAAUGUUAUGAUGUUGCUGAGAAGUAUAUUACGGAUCAAUACAUUGCGGGCGAUUCUUUGACCUUGGCCGAUAUCUCGUGUGUCACCACUAUAUCGUCAUUAGACUGUAUUGUACCCAUACAUUCGAAAUAUGGAAGGCUUCACGAUUGGUGGGGCCGAUUGAAGAAGGAACCCUGGUACCAGAAGAUUAACCAACCAGGAUUGGCGCUGUUUGGCAGAUUUAUCAAAGGCUUUUUGUGA